AUGAAAAUGCUGGGAAGAUACUUAAACUUAAUAGGACGAAGAAGUGCUGCGCCAUACAGACCACAGCGGCUACCAGCGAAGUUUGACAACGUGAUAGUGGCGAUGUCGUCUGGAGUAGAUUCUUCUGUGGCGGCAGCACUGUUUGCUGCAGAGUUUCCAAAUACGCGAGGAGUAUACAUGCAGAACUGGUCUGAAUCACAAUCCUUGGAUGAUCCCGGCAAGGAGCCAUGCUACGAGAAGGAUUGGAGAGAUGUAAACCGUGUUGCUGGACAUUUAAACAUCCCAGUUGACAAAGUUAAUUUCGAGCAGGAUUAUUGGAUAGAUGUAUUUGAACCGAUGUUGAGGGGCUACAAUGAAGGGUCGACGCCUAAUCCAGAUAUCGGGUGUAACAAAUUCGUCAAGUUUGGCAAGCUAAGGGAGUGGCUGGAUGAGAAGUAUGGGACUGGUAACUAUUGGCUUGUUACAGGCCAUUACGCCCGAGUUAUGCAGAAAGUGGACGGAAAAGAGUUCUUCUAUUUAUUAAGAAGCAUUUACAGGCCCAAGGAUCAAAGUUAUUACCUUUCCCAAAUCAACCCCACUGUUUUGCCGUCGUUGUUACUACCCAUUGGCCAUUUAACUAAACCCGAAGUGCGAGAUUUAGCGAAGUAUGUGGGCCUCCCGACCGCAGAAAAGCCAGACUCACAGGGCAUCUGCUUCGUCAACAAUUCGCAACAUGGAAAGUUCAAGAAUUUUUUAAAGCACUAUCUACCUAGUUCACCGGGUGAUAUCAUUACUGUUGACCCACAGUCCGGUACCAAAACGCGAUGGGGGAGGCAUGAUGGGUUGUGGUCUUAUACAAUUGGGCAGAAAGUGGGCAUAUCCAUGCCACAGGCUGAUCCAAAUUACCAAGGGUCCUGGUUUGUAAGUGAAAAACUGAGGGAUACCAACGAAAUCGUGAUAGUCCGCGGAAGGGAUAAUGCUGCAUUAUACAGGGAUACUAUUCGAAUUGAAAACUUUGCCUCCUUAAGUCCCAAGGAGGACACUAUAAACGCUUUGCAAAAUACUAGUGCUCUGACAUUACAAUUCCGGUCGCUGCAGGUCCCAGUUCAAAUUAGAUCGUGCACACUGAAUAGUUCAGGCGACAACCUCGACAUAACGAUACAGUUAGCCUUAAAGCAACGUGCUAUGGCUCCUGGACAAUCCUGCUGUCUCUAUAUUGACGAUAGAGUUCUUGGGAGUGGGCCCAUUUCGCAUGUACAUAAUAAUGACACCCAUACACCUCAUUCUAACGAACAAAGUAUGUCACACUCCACGAUCCGCGGUAGCGAUUAA